CGACCAGGUCCUUUUUGCUGUUUAUCAUUCUGUGCGAUCAUCCAAUUCCAUUUCCACGCCAUCACUAUCACUCAACUGCAGCACGAGCAAGACCCGUUGCCCUCGAUCUAUUUUUGAAGAGCCGAUCAAAACCAGCUUGGAAAUUGAAAUCCUUGACAUACUUCUGUUGCAUCGCCGUUACAAGCAUCAUGGAGAGUUAGAAUAGUACUAGCCACCGCUUUAUCGACUGUCCGUCACCGUCUAAUUCUUAGUAUUCGAAUGAAGAUACGGUGGAGUGUUGAGCUUUGCUAACAAGUAGGUUUACGUCCAUAUUACCCAUCUUUUUCUUUACCUAUUCAGUUCACCUGAGUAUCACAAUCCUCGCAAUAAUUAAAACGCCGGAAAAAUAAAUAUGGAAGAAGUUGACGAUCUCGGAGACGGGUUUUUCGUCCGUCUGCUCCAGGUCGUUUCUUGGUUUUUAGUCGUUCUUUUUUCCGUCCCCGCCGCCUGCCUCGCGGUAUACCAGGUCCUGACGCUCUACUUGCCCUACACGCUCGCGAGAAUAACGGGGAAUGCGGAUUACAGGUAUCAUACGUCCGUGUGGAAACUGUAGCUCCAACUUUCCAGGCCACUUGCGAUACGAAAUAGUACCCCAUUUUUGUUGCACCGGCUCAAACGACAAGGAACUAUUUUGACCGAUGCAAAAGCAAAACUAAACUAACAUCGUCCAGGUUUCCAGAUUACAUGUACACAGUAUGGGGCGACGACUUGACAGACCUGACGAUCGAGCAUUGGGGGUAAGCUUUGGUACUGGUGCAGGUUCGAAGAGAUUCUAUUCGUGAACAGUACACAGAGCUUUUUUCGCACGCAUUUGAGCAUCCCAAGAAAGAAAGCAAAUCAAAGCUGCAACCGUCCUCAUUUAGUACACCUACACACCAUUUGCACAGGUACCUCGCAUGUUGCGUCGGAGUGACACUAUUUUCAGCAGUUUACGUCAUCCCGGAUACGCCAUGGUCGGACAGGAGAGGGGUGGUAGAGGAAGAUGCGGAUAAGAAGGAUCAGUAGGUGCUUGUUCCUCGUCGGGAGAGGUUUUUAUACACGGAGAUGGACGCUGAGCUUGUUUUUCAGAGAAUUCAGAAAAGCCACCAGUGGCAGCUGUGACUCUUUGUACCUGGUAAUGCUACCGGGGCGACAGGUUAGUUGUACGGCUAUUGUCGAAGCUGCAGCACAGGAAUACUCAUGAACGAUGUAAAACUUCAUAAGGACGUGAAUGAUGAAAGCG